AUGUCGAUGAUUGUUGGUUUAAAUUUUCGUUCCAUAUCAUUAGAAAUGCAACAAAAUUUUCUAUGUUCAGCUUGUCACUGUUUACUUAUUGAACCCAAAGUGAUAACUUGUGGGCAUCGAUACUGUUCGUUGUGUUUGAAAAAAAUUAUUGAAAAUGAUCCAUCGACAAUGUGUAUUGUAGAUAAGUGUGGUCAAACUAUUACUAAUGAUGAAGUCUAUACAGAUUUUGGUAUCGAGAACGAUUUAAAACGUUUAACCGACGUCAUGUGUUCGAAUAAAUCAAAUGGUUGCUCUUGGUUGGGUAACUAUAUAACUUACAAAGAACACUUACAAGUGUGUACAUUUCAACGUAUUCAAUGUGAAUUUUGUGCAAUCCAUUUCACUAAUCGACUUUCCUAUGAACAACAUUAUCAGUUAUGUCCAAAAGUGCUUAUUUCGUGUCCAUUAAAGAAAUAUGGCUGUGAUAGUCAGAUUCGUCGUGAAUCUCUUGAAGACCAUGUUGUGUCGUCGUCGGUUGAGCACUUGAAAAUACUUGCUGGAAUGUUUUCGUCUGUACAAAAUCAACCAAUGCCUAUAUAUUCUCAACCAGUAUCCAUACAUUCUUUUUCAACAUCUAUAUCUGAAAAUGGAAUUAUUCAAUCAGUAAAAAAUGAACUUAUUCAACAAAAUCAAAUAAUUGAACAAUUGCGUUUAGAAGAAAAAUCUCUUCAAUCAAAACUUUUAAAACGUGAACGUGAUUUAACACGUGUAUCUGUUGAAUUACAAUUAUUUAAAGGUGAAUUAUAUCAAUUAAGAAAAGAAUUUGAAUUAUCAAAAUCUUCGGUUCACAAUGAUGGAACAUAUUUAUGGCGUAUUGAUAAUAUUCAACAGUUGUUUCGUAAUGCAAAAAACUCUUCACAACCAUUAUUUAUUGUUUCUCCUUCAUUCUAUACAUCAAAAUAUGGUUAUAGAUUAUCAUUAAAAUUAUAUUUAAACGGUGAUAAAACUACACAAGACAAAUAUUUAUCUUUAUACGUAACAAUGAUGCGUGGCGAAUGUGAUUCAUUACUGGAUUGGCCAUUUAAAUACCCGAUCACAUUAUGUUUGUAUGAUCGAAGUGCACAAAAAGAUCAUGUAGUUCAUACGGUAACACCUGAUUUAGAUAGUGAAUCUUUUAAACAGCCAAAAAUGGAUGCUAACAAAAGUGGUGGAAUACCAGAAUUUUGCCCCCUAUGGAGAAUAUUUAAUAAAGAAUUUGGCUACGUACAACAAGAUACAAUGUACGUUAAAGCUUUUGUUGAUUUUAAUAUAUAUCCAGCAAAAAUUUGGCCACAAUGGACAAAAUUACAAUCGCAGGGUUUACCAAAUAAUGUUGAACAUAUGAAAUUAAAAGAAUUAUUAGAUACUAAAAAAUAA